AUGUCCGAAGCAGUAACAGAACUAUUGUUCAUUCAAAAUUUGUUGAGAGAAUCAUUCGACGUAAACUUCGAGAGCGCGAUAAAAGUGUAUGAAGAUAAUUCAGGAGCAAUAGCGAUUGCUAAGUUUGGUAAUCUCACCAAGAAUUCGAAGCACAUAGAGGUGCAGUACCAUUAUAUAAAUGAGAAGUAUGAGGACGGUACUAUUGACAUUGUAUUCAAUGAGGAACAGGAACAGGAACUUCAAGACUAUCUGGUGAAAUCCUCGAAAAUGUUUUACGGUCUCGCGUUGCCGCAACUUCGUAAGCUUGCGUUUCAAUUUGCGCAGAAAUUGAAAGCAGCCAGAUCUAUUAAGAAAAUUCCGGCCAGUUGGUUCCCAAAGAAACCAGAUGAAGAACCAACUGCCUCCAUGGACUGGGUGGAAGGUUUCAUGAAAAGGUAUCCCAAUCUGAGUUUGCGUCGACCGGUAUCGACAUCGCUGGGUCGAGCAGCAGCAUUUAAUGCGCCCGUCGUAAUGAAUUUUUAUGAUUUGUACGAAAAUAUCCGGCAGUUACAUAAAUAUACCGCAGCAAAUGUUUGGAACAUGGACGAAAGUCAGCGUUGUGUGGCAGCGGCCAGUUCGGGCGAACGUGGCGCUAGUGUGACUCUCGCGAUGGCUAUUUCCGCCGCCGGCGAAAAAAUUCCACCAUUUUUCAUCUUCCCGCGGGUGAAGAUGCAGGAUAAAUUUCUCAUGCACGGCAGUGCGGGUGCCGAAGGAGUUGCGAAUGGAUCGGGUUGGCAGACCGCUGACACCUUCGUUAAAUUUCUGCACCAUUUUAAAAAUCACGCCAUCAAAGCAGGGACCGAAAGGAUUUUGAUGAUCCUCGACAACCAUGAAUCGCAUAUGGCUAUUGCGGGAUUAGAAUUUUGCAAGCAAAAUAACAUCGACGUGUUGACGCUGCCUCCACACACCAGCCACAAGCUGCAACCACUCGAUAGAGGUGUUUUUGGCCCAUUGAAAAUAUAUUACGAAAAUGCGUGCAAGGCGUGGAUGUUCAAUCAUCCCAAUGUUCCGAUUGCAAUCGGAAACGUUGCCGAACUCGUUGCCGAGCCGAUCCUCAAAGGUGCCUCAUCCAUAAAUAUCGUCAAUGGAUUUAAAGCUACAGGUAUUUGGCCAUUCAACAGGGACAUCUUCACAGAAGAUGAUUUCCUGGCGUCAUCUGUAACUGAUCGUCCGUACAAAGACAACGCCAGUCCAGCAACACUCAAAACAUCAACCGAUUCAGCAACCUUAGCGUUCAAUUCAGAAACACCUGCACUGCUGUCCGAUCCAGAAACACCUGCGCCGCCGUUCGAUCGAGUAACUCCUAACACAUCAUUCUUCGCUCCGACGAGUGCUUCAAACGAAGAACUGAUGCAACAUGAUGUUGGUGCCAAUGUUGAAGUGUCGAAUGACACAUCACUUGAAAAUAUUCGGCCGUUACCAAAAGCUGCAGCUCGGACAGCAAACAGUCGUGGUCGCAAACGUCGUAGGUCUGCACUUCUGACUAGCCCAAGGAUGAUGAAGUCUUUGCGCGAGGAACAAGAGGCAACGGCCCAAAAGAAGGUAGCUCAAGCAGCGAAAAAGCAGUUGGCUGCCAACAGAAAGAUUGAAAAAGAGGUGGUGAAACGACAAAAAGCCGCCGAAAAGUCAGCCAAAGUCGCCGAAAAUGCAGCCACUAAGACAGCCUCCAAACGAAAACGCGGCCGUCCUAGUGUCGCAAAGAACGUCGACUCCGGAGACGACGAGGACGCAGACGAAGACGAAGUCAUUUUGAAGCACCGAACGAAAAGUCGCCACUAA